AUGACCUUUCGCCGCCGUGGUCGUCGAUACCGGGGCAAAAAUCGUGAAGCCGUAUUUCCCCAGCAAGACAACCGAGCAGGGUUACUCGUCACAAGCGAGCUUGAGAAGGCUUUAGCUGAAUGUAAAGCCCGAGUAGAACGAAUUUCAGCUGACUGUAGGAGGCAGAAUCGACGCUUCAGAGACGUAGAAUUCGACCUCGAGAAUGACAGAGAGAGAUGCUUAUUCGGGCUUUCAAAAGAAAACUCGACCCUCGACCCAUCCGAUGUGCAGCGCGUCAACCAGAUCUUCUCCAAACCCUCAUUCUUCAUUGACGGUGCUGACUCAAAUGACCUGAUUCAAGGCCGUCUCGGCGACUGCUGGUUCCUUUCCGCAUUAUCCACAAUGACAACCGCCCCCGGCCUGAUCGAGAAAUUCUGCGUUGCUCGGGACGAGAAGGUCGGCGUGUUCGGUUGGAUAUUCUUUCGCGACACAACUUGGGUGACCGUGAUCAUCGACGACCUUUUAUUUACCACUAUCCCGAAGUUUGAGGAGCUUACGCAGCAGGAGCAGACGCUCUAUCACAGGGACAAGACACUCUACAAUACAUCGGCUCGGAAAGGUGGAAAGAGUCUUUAUUUCGCGCGGUCGGGAACUGAGGGGGAAACAUGGGUACCGCUGAUCGAAAAGGCAUACGCAAAACUGCAUGGUGAUUAUGCAUCGCUGAAGGGCGGUUACUCAUGCGAAGCCAUCGAGGACAUGACAGGCGGUGUAACGACGUUCAUCCCGAUCAAAGACAUCCUUGAUCCCGAACUGUUCUGGAAGGAAGAGCUUCUGUUGGCGACUACGGACAGGCUGUUUGGAUGCAGCUUCGACUCCCUUGACAGCUCACGCAACGGAAAGGAGGACGCAACUGUCAACGGGCUCAUUGGCGGACACGCUUAUUCCGUCCUCCGUGCUGUCGAGUUCCGCGGAAAACGAUUUGUCGUUCUGCGUAAUCCUUGGGGAAAUUCAGAAUGGACAGGUCCAUGGUCUGACGGGUCGAAAGAAUGGUCAGAGGAAUGGUUGGGUGCCUUGAAGGAACUGAAACAUACUUUCGGCGACGAUGGGGAGUUUGUUAUGGAAUAUGGCGACUUUUUGGACAACUGGGACCUGGUGGAACGAACAUUAUUGUUUGACGAUACCUGGGUCAUGUCUUCCCAAUGGUUACAGGUCACCGCCCGACCACCAUCGACAGCAUGGAGUUACGGAGAUGUUUCCUUCACGGUGGCCGUCCCCGCACCGACCAAGGCAAUCUUCGUUCUCUCCAAGCUCGACGAGCGGUAUUUUAUAGACAUCUCUGGCAACUCUUGUUGGACAUUUGAAUUUGCGCUCUUCAAGAAAGGCUCCGCGGAACUUGUCGCACACAGUACACUCACUCGAUUCUACCUCCGUAGUGUUAAUCUGGAGGCACAACUGGAAAAGGGCGAUUACGUUGUUCACGUGCGUCUUGAUCGUGAGGUAGUAAACGCCAACCCCAAGCAAUACAAUGAAGCCAACUGCGACAACCGCAAGUUGGCUCGUGUCCAAACCGAGCGUGCGAAGAGCCAGUCGAUUGCGUCCAAUUUCAAACCCAGUGUGGUGCUUGAAAACUUGCCCAUCCCGCUCAACAUUCUUGCAGGGCAAGAUUUGACGGAAUUGGAAGUUAAAGCUCUGCUUGCAGAAAAGCAGUUGCAUGCUGCCGAAGCGGGUGUCGAGCCGCAAGAUCCAACGAUCCUGGCACCAGUCCAGCCUAAUACACAGGCAAACACUGUUGUUGGUGGUGGGGUGGGUCCCGGUAACGGGACGAGUCCUCCAAAUACCCGUUUCCAUGUUCGCAAGCCAACACGUGGUAAGCGUAUGGCACCACCGCGAAUAUUGGAUGGGUCUGGGUCGGAAACGGACGAAGCGCCACUAAUGGACUCGGAUGUUGACUUGGAUAACAUUCCCUCUUCAUUAGCCGAUUCAGACGUGGAGAUGAACCCUCGUUUGCCGUUCGUUGCCGAACCUGUUGACGUCGCUGAGCCAGAGCCACAACGGGCAAACACCAUCGACACGGCGCGGGCGAAUACAACAGAUCCAAUGAUGCCCAGAGUUGAACCGACCAGUGCCUAUACGAACGACACAGUUGUGCUCGGGUUGAAGGUAUAUACGCAUCGAGACGCGCCAGUAGUUGUUAGUGGGCAACUACGGCACGAAAUGAAGGUAAGCUACGCUGCGUUCGCGAGUGCUGGAUUGUAG